AUGAAUGAAGAUCAAAUUAAGUUAGAAUAACAGAUCUUUGGCCCUUAAAUUACUCAAAUUCCUGAUUUAACUUAAUAUUAGAAACAACAAUUGGAAUCAUAAGAAUCUAUGAGAUCAAUAGAAAGUCCUCAUAUUUAAACUAAUCGUUAUUUUGUAAGUAAACAAAGGUUAUAGAGAUUAACAAGAAUAAUAAAUACAUCCUAAAAUAAUUAGCCUAAGUUAGAGUAAAAGAUACCUCCUAAAAUAGAUGAAAAUGAAGCAUUUAUGAGACUUGUAAGAAAAAAUAGAUUAAUAUAAAAAUUCAAAUAAAAUUUGUUUUUGAACUCAUAUAUACUUUCUAAUGCUUUAAAAACAAAAAUCUUAUCUUAAGAAAAAUAUAUUUAACCUCAAAUAUUUAGAUUUUUAUAGAGUAUUUAUUAUGAUAUAAAUAGAUAGAAUAUGGUUAAUCUAAAUUAAAAUCAGCAAUAUUAUUACCCCAAAACCCUUUUUUGUAUUUUUGGGAUUUAAUAACAUUAUUAGCAAGUAUUCUAGCUCUAUGGAUUUGUCCAUUUCUAUUAAGCUUUUCAUUUGAUGAAUACUCAUUUCCAAAAAUAAUAAUAGGACUUAUAACACAUUUGAUAAUUGAUAAUAUUUUGGCAAUAAAUAGAGCUUAUAUAGAAUAAGGAGAAGUAAUAGUUGAUAGAAAGUAAAUUAUAUUGUAAUAUUUAAACAAUCAAGCAGUCUUAGAGAUUGUGUCAUUGAUGUUAUGGAUUGGUAUUUAUCCAAAUAUUUUGAAGGAAUUCAGUUCAUCCAAAUAAAUAUUAUUGAUUUUAUAAAAUAUAAUAGUACUUAUAAAGUUAAAGAGAACUAAUACUAAAAUGGAGAAUAUUUAUUUAAAACAUACUUUAAGUAAUGCAGCUGAUUUAUUAACUCUAAUUUUAUCAAUAUAUUUCUUUGCUCAUUUUAUGGCUUGUUUAUUUCAUUAUAUAGGUGUAAUUACUGAAGAAUAUGAAUUAACUUGGUUAAUUUAAAGAUAAAUAAGACAUGAAUAAGUAUGGAUUAGAUAUAAUACAUCAUUUUAUUGGGCAACUAUGACAAUAACUACUGUUGGAUAUGGUGAUAUAACUCCUGAAAAUUAAGGAGAAAUGUUAUUUGUUAAUUUAAUGAUGUUGCUUUCUAGUUUUUUAUUUGCUUAUUCUAUGAAUUCAAUAGGGAUUAUACUUAGAAAUCUAUAUGAAUAAAAUAAGAAUUAAAAGUAAGUAUUUAAAUUUAUACAAAAUUUAGAAGGUCAAUAUUGCAAUUGAAUAAUUACAUGAAUCAUAAUUAGGUUGAUCUUUCAUUACAGAUUAGAAUUCGAAAUUAUUUGAAACAUAAAAUGGCUAAUAUGAAUUAUGAAAAGAUUGAAUUUAUAAAUAAAACUAUUUCUGAAUUACCAAAAGGUUUAAGAUUUGAAUUGAAUUAAAAUAUAUCUGAAAAAAUACUCAAAUCUAUUAAAUUAUUUUCAGAUCAAUUUUCUAAAAUUACCCAAUAAGCAUUGACAUAGAAAAUGAAUCGAUUAUUGUUUUAACCAGAAGAAUAUAUUUAUCAUUAAUAUGAAAUUGAUGAUUAAUCCUUGUAAUACUUAUUAAAUAUUUAGAGAUAUUUCGUAAAAGAAGGAAUUAUUGAUAUUUGUGAAGAACAAAGCUAAUAAGUUAUAUAAACAUUGA